GAGGAGAUACGGAAAGUGCCGAGUCAACGCGGAAGACGGAAAACUCACAUGGCAGAUGCAUGCAGACAAGCGCUGAAAGCUGGAGAACGCCAUCGUUGCAUUAAUAAACACUCACGAUUGCAUGCAUAAAGUUUAAAGCUGCAGUGAGUGAGAAAGGGGAAGCAUAUCAGCACUUGGUCAUCUCAGGGACACUGAUGAUCCUUUCACAGCAGCAUGUUUUUCCUCUGCCCUGUGUGCAAAAAGGCUCCUCACUCUCUUCCUGGGCAUCUCGGGGAGGUGUGUAUGAGGAACAGCACAAAGGCAGAGAUCCAGGCAGUCGUCAUAGAGGCCAAAAAGGAGUUGUCCGAAUUCUGUCACAGAGGACGUUUCUGGGAGUUUGGAAAAAUUCGUGACAUAUUGGACUCUACUAAUCCUCUGGCCAGGAUGAUUGCGGAGAUGCAGUCAAGGGGUUUGGUGAUUAAUAACUUACCUUCACUCCUCCCGGAACCAGCUCAAUCGACUACAUCUUCUGUGUCUCAAAGCUCUGGAGAAGGUGCAGAAGGUCCAGUUGAGCCUCCAAAUGAGCCCUUAUCUGACGAGAGCUCUGGAGAGUACUAUCAGAGCACUGUUGGACCGAAGUGGACCUCUUCUGUGAGGGUGGAAAUGGUCAAAAAAGGCUUAUACAAUAAGCACUCCAUUGAUCACCCCCUUCUAGCAGGAUUUAAUAAGGACCUGCACAUUGACCUAGGACAUAAAAACAGCAAACAAGUAGUGGAAACAGUGUCCAGGUUCUUACAUUACAUGGACCCCACUGAGCCAAACUUGAUGUUUGUUCGUCAGGUGGAGAAAGUGCGAGAGUACUUUAACAUCUUGUCAGAUACAAAGCUCUCAAAAUGGACAGUGUUCAACUACUGGAAGAGUCUCAAGAGGUAUGUCUUUUGUAGCAAUGAAGAGAAUGAUGUCUCUAUUAUUGAGGACAUACAGCCUGGGCCGGAUAUUGGCUCUUUUGCUGGAGUGACGUAUCAGGCGUCCGUAAUUGAACUUCAUGGGAUGGCACUGGCAACUUUCUUCAUGUGCGUCAAUGCACAUGGCUUCAUGUUGCUUGUUCUUAUAAAAAAACAAAUGUCCAGGUCUAAUGCCACUGGUCGAAACAAAAAACAGCAAUAAAAACAAACAAACAAACAGACAUUUUUAAAGUAACAUGGAAACAAAAAAGACAUACAAGUGUCAAAGGUCACCGAAUACAAUCUUAUUUACAUUCAUAUUUAUCUUUGAUAAAAUGUUGCUAUAUAAAAUUUUGUUAAGGGUUACGUGACAAAGAUCAACGGGCUCCAAACAUAUAUAAAGUAAAAUCACCACAAUGAAAUUAAAACAAUACUUUUCUUCUCAACCAUUUACCCCAGUAUGCAGAAUUUUAUAGUCUUGUUGUCUCCAGGUAAAUGUCAGUACUUCCAUGUCAUACACCUCUUUAACAAUAUCAUACCAUUCGCCUAUAGAUGGAGGAUCUUCCUUGAGCCAUUUCUUUGUAAUGGCCUUUUUGCUAGUUGUUAGUAGUGUGUUUAGAAGAUACACAUCAUUUUUUUGGUAUUUCUGCAGAGUAAAUUCCCAGGUACAUAGUUUUAAAAUUACAUUGCAGAUUCAAUCCCAUUAUUGCAUUUAUCUCUUUAUUUAAAUCUUGCCAAUAGGUGUGUAUAAUAUUACAGUCCCAAAAUAUGUGGAAAUGAUCUGCCAAUACAUUUUCUCCAGCAUUCACCAUUUCUUGAUCUCUAGUUUGAAAGUCUUUGAUUUUAGGUGUUAUAAAGAACCUGAUUACAUUUUUCCAAAUAAAUUCCCUUCAUGAAUCUGAA